AUGAAUAUCAACAGCUGGAAUAACCUCAUAGGCAGCUCGGGGAGUGCUGCAGCUGCCGCCCAGUCGUCGUCUCCAACCGGACGUAGAAACCAUGCCAUCCAACCUCCAGCACUGACGACAUCUUUGAACGUUAAUAACCAGUAUCGCCAGAGCCACAGCGCUGGGGCGACUCUUGGCUUCAUGUCUUCUCCGGCUACGUCUCUGUCGAGCCCUUUCUCCCAGCACCCCCAGUCGGCUGCUUACUUGCCGUCGCCGGGUGCUGCUCAGCGUGGUACCUCUCCAAUGCCUCUGAGAUUGUCAUCGUCGUCAUAUGGUGGUGCGCCUUACAAUCCUCAAGAAUGGGGGCCUAUGAAUGUGGUGACUUCUCCUCAGACGGGCCAGGUUGCGCCUUCGCGCAGUCAUGCAAUCCGUACUAUGCAACAGCAACCGCUCCCAGUGCUUCGUAGUUCAGACAACAUGCCGUCUCCUCCUCCUCCCUACACACCGCGUAACCAGGGGCCAUCGCCUCCAGGCUCGGCGUCUUUGGUAGUACCGCCUUCCCAAGCUCAACGUGGACAGUCGAAUGAUGUUGGUGCUGUGAGAUAUCGUACAAAUGUCCCGCAACCUCGCCCUCUAUCGAUGGUUUCACUGAACGACGGUAAUUUAAACUGGCAAUCGGCAUAUGGUAACGUCCCUCCGCCGCCUCCACCACCUCCACCAGGGACAUCCCGCUCGUCCUCUCGAGCUGAUGUAGACCGUCAACAAAAUAACACGGAAUUUGUCUUUGGGAACCCAACACCCGAGUCAUCGGCUUCGUCUCACCGUCUCACGGCCUCUCAACAUCAAGCAGCAGCUUACGGUGAAGCCAACAAUUUCCAUCAGCUUGACUUGCCAUUACAUGCUCCAUCCUCCAAGAGAGCUGCGUCCGCUGGUGCCUUGCAAACCCCAACCGCGUCAAGGAUUGUGAGUUCAUCUCAUGGCCGCUCAUCACCGCGCAAUAGUUGGGAGCCUGGCAUGCCGCUGCCACCACCCCCUCCUGGUCCUCCACCGGCGGUGAGGUCUCGUAGUGCUAGCAGCACUACAUCGGAUGCAUCUUCAUCGAAACGAGCGAUACAGGCCCCUCGUCCACGAGCCCCUCCGGUCUUAGGCACAUCCCUUGGUCAAGUCCCACCGACUCCGGCUGACUGGGUAGAUGAGGAUGUGGUACCUAAGCGCAACGAGCCUGAUAGAGCACAAGCGCUACAUAUUGACACGGAAGUGGUAUAUGACGCAUCGGAGGCUCAAAAUUCUGCCGAGUCUUCGUCCUCUCGACGACCGCCGAGUCGAGGAGGACUAUUCCGCAGUUUCGCUGUUAAGAGAGACAGUAGUGCCAAAGGUAUUCGUGAACGUCGAAUAGAGAAACACAAAAGACAGCAGGUUUCCGAAGAUCUCAGCGGCGUAGCUAAUAACAAUGGAAACCCGUGGGAAACCCAAUUGGAACGUCUAACGCCGGCAAAUCUCGUUCUAAACGGUGCGGACAAAAGCGAUGGUAACAUGAGUGGUCGCCGGCAAGGGUUCCCAAACCCUCUUUCGAGCGCACGCAGCGCGCAGUCGGAUGAAGUUCUAUUUAGCAGUCGCUCUCGGACUUCUUCUGCAUUGUUCUCGGGUCGCUCCUCGUUCUCUACACCAAAGCCCGAUUCAAUUUUCUCACAUCAAGAUAUGAUCACACCCACGCCGCCUUUCUCGCCACAGAUGAAUGAGUCGCCAUUAGUGAAGGAGAAACAAAGUGUGCUCAACUCCAAACCUCUACCGUCAACCCCACCAAGCUCGGUCCAUGAGCCACAACCCUCUUCGGCUUCGCGUCCUGGGAUAAAGAGUGAAGAACGGCCGGUUUCACAUCUGCUACACAUCCCAAAUGACAUCGUCUCAGUACUCCCGCCGCUGUCUCCGCGUCGUAUGUCUUUCAAUCAGCCACCAUCCCUUGACUCAGUUCUUCAGCGGGAUAAUGACCCAUUGAAUGGUGCCCUGCAAAGGUAUCAAGCUGUUCUCGACAAGGAAGCCGCGGCAACGGAUGACUCGGAAGCCUUGAGGAUAUUCAUGGAUUUCAUUGUCUCCGAAUCCCAAAUUCGACGCAAGUUAUAUGCUCGUGCUUUUGCAGACGCUGACGUUAGUGUCGAGGAGACUCGCAAGAAGCUUUUCACCCAGGAAACCGCCCCGAAAGUUGAAAGAGGAAAAUUGCCUAGCAUGAAGCUGGACACGUCAUUUACUGAGCCAGGCACGGCAUCUGUAAAUGUAUCUUCUUCUUCAAGACCAGAGACAAUGUGGUGGAACAACUACCAGCCCUGCCUAUCCCCAAUUGCUAGUAUAAGCAUUGAGAACGACGAGAGCUCAAGAGGCCGACCACCUAGUCGUUGGUGGGAGUCUAAAACCGGUUCAAGCAGUGAAGGAGUAGGUGAGCGAAAAGCCCAAAGAUCCAAACGAGAAUCGAAGUAUAUGGGGGUUCCACGAGAGGUUCGGGAGGAAAUGCAAAUGGGCUAUAAUAGGAGUCUGCCAGUGACAGAGGAGGAGCAGUACAGCGAACAACAGCAAAAUUUCCAUCCAGGUGGCUACGGCCCAAACGAGUAUCCACCUGAAAAGGUUGGACUGCAUGAGCCGGAGAUGCUUCCAUCUCAAUCUCCCUCUCAAUACCAAUAUGACACCUUGCAGGAAAGUCAUUAUAAUCAGGAAUAUCGUGCACAUAAAAUGGAUAUUUCUCGAUUGGUCACUCUCCCGCCGCCGUAUCCAAGACACCAUCCUGCUGUCAACAACAGCCACCCAGACUUAGUCGUCUAUCGGACUACAGUUCGGUCAAUUAGUGAUUUGUCAGAGGUCAGGGCAACUCGAGAGCACUACGAGCAUCAAAUAGCACAAUUACGGCAGGAAUAUGAGGCCAAAGUCCAAGAGAACCGAAGAAUAUUCAGGUCCAACAUCCAACAACAAAUCCAAGAGGGCAGCAUCAAAUACGCCGAGGCUGCAGAAGCUGAAGCCGCGCUAGAAGCCGAUGAGCAAAAGAAGGAGAAGGAGUUGGUGCAAAGUAACUAUGAUACGUAUCAAAGUCAGGUGAUGGAACCAAUGCAUCUCAUUCUGAGCGACCGCGUCGGCAAGGCCACGGAGCGAAUUAAUGAACUCAGCGGGAAACUCAAAGAAGCCAUACAAAAUGAAAAUCCGGACCACACUCAGGAAGAAGGAGACGAAAAGCCAGAGAUUCUGGAACAACUCACUCAGUUGAAGUGGCUCUUUGAAGCGCGGGAACUGCUGCAUCGUGAAAUUUAUGAUCUCCUAGGGGAGAGUAACGAAAAGUACCGGGCUAUUGUUACCUUACCUUACAAGCAAACUAAGAAUGAAGAGAAACUCGCGGAAACCGACGCAUUCUUUGUGAAGGACUCCCUCGACCGUCGCGUUCAGUUUGAAGCAAAAUCCCUAGCUAGGGUGGAAGCAUUCAUGGACGUUGUGGAGGAAAACGUUAGGCGCGGUGUCGAAACACACCUAUCGGCCUUUUGGGAUAUUGCUCCAUCCCUGCUGACGUUGGUGCAGCAAAUACCAGAAAAUCUUUCCGAUCUUCAGAUCGAGAUACCGGCGCAGGAGUAUGAGGAGAACCCCAGUUACUAUCAAUUCCCUUUGCAAUAUCUUUAUUCCUUGCUAUCACACGCAGAAAAAUCCAGCUAUCAAUUCAUCGAAUCGCAGACCAACCUGCUCUGUCUUCUGCAUGAAGUCAGGUCUGGAGUCAUGGUUGCCAACUGCCGGCUGAUGGAGGCACAGCGUACUCGGCAUGGAGAACCAGAGGACUUGGUGCGGAGCGAGAUGCAGGAGAUGCAAGCCCGCGAGGAGCGAGAGUUGACCGCUGACUUGAAAGAAAAAGUUUCCACUGUUGAAGGUCAAUGGACUGAGGCUCUCGGUAGUCAUAUAGAAUCCUUACGGGAACGGGUCAAGAGCCAUCUUCUUGCUGAAGAUGGCUGGGAUGAUACGGAACAGCUAGAGUAG